GUGUCUCUCUGUGAGCUUCCACACACACAUAUACACACACACACACCAGCCUCCUGUCUCUGCACUGAGGACACCCCCGUGUGUGUGUGAGAGAGACAGAGUGUGUCUAACUUUUUCUUUUUUUUGUGUGUGCUGGAUCUUUAAUCCAUUUCAUCCCAACAACUCCAAGAGGGAGCCUCAUUCAUUCAUCCUCUCCUCUCUGCUUGUCUCACUGGGAAGAAAACCAUGACAGACGCGGCGACCAACAUGCGGCUGAAGCUGCCGAUCAUCUGCUUCACCCUGGAGAUCAUCCUCAUCAUCCUCUUUGGCGCGAUAGUGCAGUACGACCACGAGACGGAUGCAAAGCAGUGGCAUAGCAAGAACCACUCUGACUAUGACAACGACUUCUACUACCGCUACCCAAGUUUCCAGGAUGUGCACGUGAUGAUCUUCAUUGGUUUUGGCUUCCUCAUGACGUUCCUGCAGCGCUAUGGCUUCAGUAGUGUGGGCUUCAACUUCCUCAUCGCAGCCUUCGCCCUACAGUGGGCCACGCUCAUGCAGGGCUUCUUCCAUGGUUUGCAUGGAGGCAAGAUCCACAUCGGUGUGGAGAGUAUGAUCAACGCUGAUUUCUGCACCGGCUCUGUGCUCAUCUCAUUCGGAGCCGUUUUGGGUAAAACCAGCCCUGUCCAGCUGCUGGUCAUGGCGAUGUUUGAGGUCACGCUGUUUGCUGUCAAUGAGUUCAUCCUGCUGUCACUUCUGGGGACCAAGGAUGCUGGAGGCUCCAUGACCAUCCACACGUUUGGAGCCUACUUUGGCCUGAUGGUGACCCGAAUCUUGUACCGGCCCAACCUGGAUAAGAGCAAAGACAAAAACAGCUCAGUGUACCAUUCUGACCUGUUUGCUAUGAUUGGUACCAUCUACCUGUGGAUGUUCUGGCCCAGCUUCAACUCUGCCAUCACCGCUCAUGGAGACGAUCAGCACCGCACAGCCAUGAACACGUACUACUCCCUGGCAGCCUGCACACUGGCCACCUACGGCAUGUCUGCCCUCACGGCACACGACGGCAAGCUGGACAUGGUCCACAUCCAGAAUGCUGCCCUAGCCGGUGGAGUCGCAGCGGGAACAGCUGGCGAAAUGAUGCUGACACCUUGCGGCUCCAUGAUUGUCGGUUUCUUGGCUGGCAUCAUCUCUGUUCUGGGCUUCAAGUACCUCUCGACCAUCCUGGAGGAAAAACUGAAGAUCCAAGACACCUGCGGGGUCCACAACCUGCACGGCAUGCCCGGCGUCCUCGGUGCAAUUGUGGGAGCCGUGACUGCUGCCGUGGCAACCGCGGACAUUUAUGGAGAAGGCAUGGCGGACGUGUUCCCAAAAGUGGCGAGUGGAGAAGUUGACGCGUCUUACCAGGGUGGCAUUCAGGCCAUUUCGCUUGCUGUCACCCUCGGCAUCGCCCUGCUGGGAGGUCUUAUUGUCGGUUUCAUUUUGAAGCUGCCCAUCUUCGGCGCUCCUCCUGACACCAUCUGCUUCGAGGACAGCAUCUACUGGGAGGUGCCUGGAGAAGAGGCACCUCAUGACGGCCAGUUGACCGCCGUCAACACUGAGGAGACCGAGAAGCUAAGCAGUUAAA